AUGGCCGGCGAAAAAACACUCGACGCCAGCACCGCAAAUGCCGUGAAGACCGACCGACCGCCCUCGGCGGCGGCCCGGCCCGAGAAGCCCGCGCUGCACGAUGUCGAGAACGGCCAGAACGACACGGGGCUCGACCGCGCCCUCAAGGGACGCCAUCUCCAGUUCAUCGCGAUCGGCGGAACGAUCGGCACCGGGCUGUUCCUGGGCAUCGGCGGUGCGCUGGCCAAGGCGGGCCCUGCGUCGCUGCUGCUGGCCUUUAUCUUUGUCGGGGCCGUUGUUUACUCGGUCAUGACGGCGCUGGGCGAGAUGGCGGCUUACAUGCCCGUUACCGGUGCCUUUACCGUCUACGCCUCGCGCUUUGUCGAUCCGUCGCUGGGCUUCGCGAUGGGCUUUAUCUAUUUGAUGAGUUGGAUCAUCACGUUUGCUCUCGAGUUGACGGCCGCGGGCCUCAUCAUCCAGUACUGGAACGAGAGCCUCAACAUCGGCAUCUGGAUCGCCGUCUUCUGGGCCGUCUUCACGGCGGCAAACUUCCUGCCCAUCCGCUGGUUCGGCGAGCUCGAGAUGUGGUUCUCGAGCAUCAAGGUCGUCACCAUAGUCGGCUUCAUCAUCUUCGCCCUCUGCGUCAACGCCGGCGCCGGCGAGCAGGGCUACAUUGGCUUCAAGUACUGGGUCACGCCCGGCGCCUUUGCCGAGCACCUGGUCGGCGGCGCCACGGGCAAGUUCGUCGGCUUCUGGGCCGUCCUCAUCACCGCCGGCUUCUCAUUUCAGGGGACCGAGCUGGUGGGAAUCGGCGCGGGCGAGACGGAGAACCCGCGCAAGGAGAUACCAUCGGCGAUCCGGUGGACGUACUGGGGCAUCUUUGUGCUCUUCAUCGCCACCGUCUUCUUUGUCGGCAUCGACGUGCCCUUUGACGACGCCAACCUCAAGAGUACGUCGACCAACGCGUCGGCGUCUCCCCUCGUCAUCGUGGCCAACCUGGCCGGCGUGCGCGUGCUGCCGCACAUCAUCAACGCGGUGUUGCUGACGGCAGUGCUGACGGCGGCCAACUCGGACGUCUACUCGAGCAGCCGCAUCCUCAUCGCCCUGGCCGACGAGGGCCACGCGCCGAGCUUCCUCAAGUCGACCAACCGCUUCGGCACGCCGCACUGGUCCGUCGCCGUGUGCGCCUCGUUUGGCCUGCUGGGCUUCCUCAACCUGUCCAAGGACGGCAUCACCGUCUUCACCUGGCUGCUCAACAUCACCGCCGUCGCCGGCUUCAUCGUCUGGUCCCUCAUCAACCUGUGCCACCUGCGCUUCAUGCAGACGCUGGCCGCAAAGGGCAUCUCGCGCGACGAGCUGCCCUACAAGGCGCCCCUGCAGCCGUAUCUGUCGUGGUUUGGCUUCUUCUUCAACGUCUUGAUCCUUCUGACCAGCGGCUUCACCGUCUUCAUCGAGUGGAGCGUGAGCGACUUUUUCGCGUCGUACAUCAGUGUCAUCAUCUUUGUCUCCCUCUUUGUCGGGCACAAGCUCUUUUACCGCACAAAGGUGGUCAAGAUUGCCGACAUUGAUCUCGGUUUGGGACGGUCGAGCAUCUAG